AUGACAGCUGCGGAAGAGGCAGAUAGACUUAAGAAUAAAGGGAAUGAAGCCUUCCAGGAGGGAAAGUGGCAUCAUGCCAUUGAACUGUACACAGAGGCCCUGGCGCUUCACAAGACGCCGGUCAUCUUGUGCAACCGGGCCUUUGCAUAUCUCAAAACGGAACUUGCUGGUGCUGCACUCACCGAUGCGGAUGAGGCGCUGCGACUGGAUCCGGGAUAUGUGAAGGCGUACUACCGCAAGGCAUCAGCGCAUCUAUAUCUUGGGAAGCACAAGGAGGCACUGAAGGAUUUUAAAACAGUGGUGCAGCUGAUACCUGGCGACAAGGAUGCACGUAAGAAGCUGGAUUUUUGUGAGAAAGAAGUUCGUCGUAUACGCUUUGAGAAUGCCAUUGACACCCCUGAUGCAGAGCCUGUGUCAAAAACGAUCAAAUUAGGCAGUGUGCACUCUGACUACGAUGGUCCUCGUAUUGAGGGUGACACUAUCACCGUGGAGUUUGUGGAUGCCAUGAAGGAACGUUUCCGGGUUGAAAAACUUAUUGAUCGUCGGGAUGUAGUUUACAUUUUGUUGGAGGUGCUGAAAUUGUUUAAAAGCUAUCCGAACUUUGUGUCGAUUAACGUACCGACAGGUGAGGAUAUUACCGUAUGUGGUGAUACACACGGACAAUACUACGACCUCCUCAAUAUAUUUAAGCUGAAUGGAUGCCCAUCUCGAACGAAUCGCUAUCUUUUCAAUGGGGAUUUUGUGGACCGUGGAUCAUAUUCCUUUGAAAAUGUCAUGACACUUCUUGCCUACAAGUUGCUUUAUCCGGAGCACAUGUUUCUUUCUCGCGGUAACCAUGAAUGUUUGGCAAUGAAUCGUGUAUACGGCUUUGAGGGUGAGGUGACGCAGAAAUACAGCAAAGAAGUUUUUCAUCUGUUCUCGGAGGUCUUUAAUGCUCUACCUACCGGCCACGUGAUAAACAACGAAGUCUUUGUUGUGCACGGCGGGCUGUACUCUCGAGAUGACGUGACGCUUGAUGAACUUCAAAAGCCAAACCGUUUCCGUGAAAUUCCAGAGAAUGGUCUCAUCUGCGAAAGUCUCUGGGCCGAUCCGCAGCCAAUGCCCGGUCGUACACCGAGCAAACGUGGAGUUGACUGCCCAUCAUUUGGUCCCGAUGUUACGGAGAAGUUCUUGAAGAACAACAACCUGAAGUUAGUGGUACGCUCGCAUGAGGUGAGGGAAGAGGGAUAUGAAGUUGAACACGGUGGAAAGUGCAUCACAGUUUUCAGUGCGCCAAACUACUGCGAUCAGAUGGGGAACAAAGGUGCCUUCAUCCGUUUCACUGGUGGAGUUAUGAAGCCGAAAUUCACAGUUUUUGCUCACGUGACUCAUCCAGGCAAGCCGCCAAUGCACUACGCCAUGGGAAUAGGUCUAUUAUAA